UCCCGCCUUCCCGGCGCAGGGUGCGGGGGGCGUCAUGGAACCCCGAGCGGUUGCGGAUGCCGUAGAGACGGGGGAGGAGGACAUGAUCCUGGAGGCUCUGCACGCGUACAACCGGGAGAAUUCCCAGAACUUCACGUUUGAUGCUGCCCAACAGGAGGACAGGAAGAGACUGGCGGAGCUACUGGUUUCAGUUCUGGAGCGGGGCUUGCCACCCUCCCGCCGGGUCACCUGGCUGCAGAGCAUCCGCAUCCUGUCCAGGGACCGUAGCUGCCUGGAUGCCUUCACCAGCCCCCAGAGCUUGCAGGCUCUUGCGUGCUAUGCUGGCAUCUCCACCUCCGAAGGGUCAGCCCCUGAGCCCCUGGACUUGGAUGUUGUACUCGAGUCCCUCAAGUGCUUGUGCAACCUUGUGCUCAGCAGCCCCAGGGCACAGGUGCUGGCUGCAGAGGCCCGCUUGGUGGUGAGGCUCUCGAAGCGUGUGGGGCUGCACCAGGAGAGCAGCUUUCCACACGAGGUCCAGCUCUUUGACUUGCGCCUCCUGUUCUUGCUCACGGCACUUCGCACAGAUGUGCGCCAGCAGCUGUUCCAGGAGCUGCAGGGUGUGCACCUGCUGACUGAAGCACUGCAGCUGACACUGGGAGUGACCCCUGGGCAGAGUCCCCCAGAGCUCCUUCCUCCCCAGGAGACAGAGCGGGCCAUGGAGAUCCUCAAGGUGCUCUUCAACAUCACUUUCGACUCCAUCAGGAGGGAAGUGGACGAGGAAGACGCUGCCCUUUACCGGUGCCUGGGGACCCUUCUACGGCAUUGUGUGAUGGUUGCUGCUGCUGGAGACCGCACAGAGGAGUUCCACGGCCACACAGUGAACCUCCUGGGAAACUUGCCCCUCAAGUGUCUAGAUGUCCUUCUCACCUUGGAGCCACAUGAAGGCUCCCUGGAGUUCUUGGGAGUGAACAUGGAUGUGAUCAGUGUCCUCCUCAGCUUCCUGGAGAAACGUCUGCACCAGACGCACAGGCUGAAGGAGAGCGUGGCCCCCGUGCUGAGCGUGCUGACCGAGUGUGCCCGCCUGCACCGCCCCGCCAGGAAGUUCCUGAAGGCGCAGGUGCUGCCCCCGCUGAGGGACGUGAAGACGCGGCCUGAGGUGGGGGAGCUGCUGCGGAACAAGCUCGUCCGGCUCAUGACGCACCUGGACACGGACGUGAAGAGGGUGGCCGCCGAGUUCCUGUUCGUGCUGUGCUCCGAGAGCGUGCCCCGCUUCAUCAAGUACACGGGCUACGGGAACGCCGCCGGCCUCCUGGCCGCCCGGGGCCUCAUGGCAGGGGGCCGGCCCGAGGGCCAGUACUCGGAGGACGAGGACACCGACACGGACGAGUACAAGGCGGCCAGGGCCAGCAUAAACCCAGUGACUGGGAGGGUGGAGGAGAAGCUACCCAACCCCAUGGAGGGCAUGACCGAGGAGCAGAAGGAGCACGAGGCCAUGAAACUGGUGAACAUGUUCGACAAGCUCUCCAGGCACAGAGUCAUCCAGCCCAUGGGGGUGAGUCCCCGGGGCCAGCUCACCUCCCUGCAGGAUGCCGUGUGCGAGAGCAUGGAGGGCCAGCUCUCCUCAGACCCCGACUCAGACCCCGACUGAGGACGGCUACCCAGCUCCCCCGUCAGAACCGGUGCUGCUUCCAGCGGUGUCCUCGGGGCCCUUUUCUCUUCACUCCCAAAGUUGUGUUCCCGACUUUCUCAUCUCUGGGAUUGUGAGGGUCUUGUCCUGCUGUCACUCUGGAAACGCCCUGAUUUCCUCAGGUGACAAGGUUUCUCUUGUGAGCCAGGAGGGUAUGUGCAGAGGCUGCUCCUGAGGUGGGGCUGCACGUGGGCACAGGGAGCCCAGAGCCAGGAGGUCAGGCAAGUGCUGCAUUUGAAAGGGGGAAAGAACCUGCUAGAACUUCACAUGCUAAUGUCAGAAACACUCGCAAGGGCUAUGCUGUCUGUCCCCACCGAGCACAUCCUUGGUCCUGGCUCAGCUGCCUGCUGUACUGUCCACAGUGCCCAAGUCCUCACUGGUUUCACAGUUGAAUCUCCAUCUUUCCCACUGGUGUAGCUCAUAAAUACGUAAGGAAAACGUUACCUCUUGUGAGACUUUAAUUCUGUAUUCCCAUCGUGUCCCACAAAGCGUCCCGGAAACAUCCUGCAGUACAGAGAGAGUGCGCGUGUGCAUGUCCAAUAAAGUUGCACAAGUGAACAUUU